CUCUCUCGGGCGCCCUCUAGCGUCUGACAAACCCGGAAGACAUUAAAGAAAUCCUGAUUGAACCCACUGUCGCGGAGAAUUACAGUUUAGGGCACUUGUUGGGCAGAUUCACAGGACUGGUUACGGUCUACCGGUUUGUACUCUUCGCCUGAGUCAACAAAAAAUCAACGUCGGUGGUGAUGGAUAGAACACUUGCGCUGCAUUCCGACAAAGCAGAGGAUAUUGCUACGUCGUCUAGUUUCCGGCAGUUCAGAAUAGACCAUUUUCAUCUCGACUUAAAAGUGGAUUUCGAAAAGAAAUGCUUAGCUGGUUCAGAAACGCUUCGACUGCAUUGCCUUCAAGGCCCACAAAGUGAACUGCACUUAGAUAUUCAUCCCACUCUCAGUCUUCAAGACGUUUCGUUUAGUCGUAAUGACCAGGAGUGGACCGAAGUCGAAUUUCUUACUCGGGAUUUUACUAGUUAUGGCACCACGCUGGUUGUAAAAUUUCCCUUUCUUUGGAAUUCAGAAGAGAGAUUUCAACUUCACAUCAAGUACGCAGCCUUUGAUGGACCAGGGGUGUGCUGGCUGGAACCAGAGCAGACCGCUGGAAAGCAGAUGCCCUACGUCUUUACCCAGGGGCAGGCUGUGCUCAAUCGUUCCUUCUUUCCAUGCUUUGACACUCCAGCAGUAAAGAGCACCUACUCAGCAGCAGUAAAGGUGCCUGAUGGCUUCACGGCAGUUAUGAGUGCCACCAAAUGGGAGCACAGGAAAGAAGACAACACUUUCCUCUUCACCAUGGAGCAGCCCAUUCCAGCCUACCUGGUGGCCCUGGCUGUGGGGGACCUGGUUUCUGCCAAGGUUGGGCCAAGGUCUCGGGUGUGGGCUGAGCCAUGCUUAAUACAGAGUGCCAAGAAGGAGUAUGACGGUGUUAUUGAGGAAUUUCUGUUAGUAGGAGAGAAGAUCUUUGGACCGUAUGUAUGGGGGAGGUAUGAUGUGCUGUUCAUGCCUCCAUCAUUCCCCUAUGGAGGGAUGGAGAACCCUUGCCUGACCUUCGUCACUCCGUGUCUACUGGCGGGUGACCGCUCCCUUGCUGACGUCAUCAUCCAUGAGAUCUGUCACAGCUGGUUUGGGAACCUGGUAACCAAUGCCAACUGGGGGGAUUUCUGGCUCAAUGAAGGUUUCACUAUGUAUGCCCAGCGCAGAGUCUGCAGGGAGCUGUAUGGGGAAGCCUAUACCUGCUUAGAGGCAGCAACAGGUAGAGCCUUGCUGAGACAACACAUGAAUAACACUGGAGAAGACCAUCCCCUCAACAAACUGAGAGUUAAGAUUGAACCUGGUGUUGAUCCAGAUGACACAUACAAUGAGACACCCUAUGAGAAAGGCUUCUGCUUUGUGUCCUACCUUGCACAACUUACAGGAGACCAAAGACGCUUCGACGCCUUCCUUAAGGCGUACACGGACAAGUUUAAGUUUUGCAGUGUAAUUGCUGAGGACGCUUUGGACUUCUACCUGGAGUAUUUUCCUGACCUAAAGGAGAAGAAUGUCCACAAGAUUAAAGGUUUGGAGUUUGAUAGCUGGCUCCAUGUUUCUGGUUGGCCCCCAUACCUCCCUGACCUCUCUGUCGGCCAGACCCUGAUGGAGCCCGCAGAUAAGCUAGCAGACCUCUGGGGAAAAGAAAACGUAGACAUUACAGUUGUCAGCAAGACUGAUACACAGCCAUGGAAGACCUAUCAAACCAUCUACUUUUUAGACAAGAUCCUUGAGAAGUCUCCACUCCCUGACGGUAAUAUCAACAUGCUAGAAGACCAGUACCCACACAUUGUGAAGUCAAACAAUGCUGAGUUAAGGCUGCGGUGGGCCCAAAUUGUGGCAAAGAACCAACAUAGACUUGGAUAUGACCAUGUGCGCAGUUUCCUAAAAUGCCAGGGAAAGCAGAAGUACACGUUACCUGUGUAUCGGACCCUUUGGAAUGGAACAGAGGAGACUAGGGCUCUGGCUACAGAGAUUUUCUCUGCCACUUCCCAUCAGCUCCAUGUUAACGUUCGAAAUUAUGCGCAGAAGAUCAUGGUUUGAUGCUGUCAGCCAUAUGAGUAAACCCCAUUCUUCAAAGAAAAAUAUUAUUGAAGGAUGUUGAACAUUUGUAAAACACUGAACAUUGUAAAAUUUAUUUCUUAAAAUGUCCUCAGUUAUGUGUUUACAGAUGACAAUAUUUACAGGACCUUUUCUUAAUUUGUCCUUAAAGUUUGAUUUACCCAACAUAAAAUGUUUACUUUAUGCUAAGGUUUUGUAAUCCUACAAAUAAAAUGCAGGAAUCCUACUAAAAAUGUGAAUAUAGAAAAGAAGAUUUAAGAUGUCAAUAGAAAUGAUGUAUUUUCUCUUUUGCUACAUUUUGUAGGUUAUGAAAUGUAGCAGCUAGGAUAACGGCUGUUUAAAAUGGCCUACUACAUACUGUGUCCUGCAUACUGCGCUCAAUAUAUACUGUAAACUGGAUAGUUGUACACUUGGUAGUAAGCAGUAUAGUAUGCGAUAAACCCAAACCAUACUACAAGGUCUACCCACUUAGGAAAGAUUUUCCACCACGUUUGCAUGAUGGGAUGCAGUACAUCGCGAACAUCGCUCUGAUCGUUUGCUGGACUAUUCCAGGUAGCUUUUGCGUACUGGAAAAGUUUCUUUUGCUCUUGUGCUGCAUAUGGCAUACUGAUUUGAGCCCCAAUCACUACGUGAGUAGUAAGUAUUAGGCUAUUUUCGAACACACCCGUGGCUGCGCGAUUGGGGACUUUUAUUUUGACAUUUUUGUUGUCUUCCUCGAGCAAAUCUGACUUCCAAACUGAUCUGCAUUCAUCUAAAGACCAUUUAGUAGUUAUCAUGUACGCCUGAUUAAAAUUAAUUUAUAUAAUCGAUGUAAUAAAUGUGGUUCGUUUUUAAUGAUAUGUUAAUAGCCAUGUCUAGUUAGAUAAGCCAUGCUUAUAAUUUGAUUCUUGUGUACGUAACUGAUGCGAGCGAGCUCUAGUUAGUGGUUGGUUAGAGAUAGCUGGCUUGGUAGUUAUACUAGUAGUCAGCUACAUUGGCUGGAAAUU